AUGUCGCUCACACCCGUCGACACAACCCUCAAAGCCCCUCCCGCCGAUCCAGUUCAGGAACCGCCCAAGGUGGCCAUCACACCGUGUGACCCAUGGCCUGCGCCGUAUUACUACGAGGGCGGACUACGGAGAGUUCGGCCUUAUCAUUAUACGUAUAAUACGUACUGCAAGGAGAGAUGGCGGGGGAGGACGUUGGUGGAGAUUUUCACGUCGGAGUUCAGGGAUCGGAGGCCGGAGUAUUAUAGAGAAGCAUUGGAGAAGGGAUCUGUGACUGUUAACGGCCAAGUUGCCGGCCCCGACACGGUCAUUAAGAACGGCCAGGUGAUUUCGCAUACGCUGCACCGGCACGAACCCCCCGUAACCGCCAACGAAAUCGGAAUCAUUCACGAAAGCGAUGACAUGAUCGUCAUCGACAAGCCCGCAGGUGUCCCGGUACACUCUGCGGGACGGUACCACUACAACACCGUCGUCGAGAUCCUGCGCGCCCAGCGCAGUCCGCAUUUCCUUCCUAGGCCGUGUAACCGUCUGGACAGGCUCACAUCGGGUGUUAUGUUUAUCGGGAAACAUCCCAAGGGCGCGGAGGUGAUGGCGGACAAGUUGAAGCAGCGGACUGUGCAGAAGGAGUAUGUGGCUCGUGUAAAGGGGAAGUUUCCAGACGGAGUGGUUAUUUGCGAUCAGCCGGUUAUGCAGGUUAGUCCGAAGUUAGGACUGAAUCGUGUUCGCGCGACAGGUAAAGAGGCAAAGACCAAGUUCCGUCGACUUGCAUAUUACCCGCCCCAACCUGUCCAGACAGUCGUCGACGAGGCAAACGGUGAACGUGCGGCAACACCACCUCCGGCCCUCUCCAACGAAGACGAAGGCUACAGUAUCGUCCACUGCCUCCCGCUCACCGGCCGCACACACCAAAUCCGCGUCCACCUGCAAUUCCUCGGCUACCCCAUCACCAACGACCCCAUCUACUCCAACCGCCGCGUCUUCGGCCCCAAUCUCGGCAAGAACGAGUCCUCCGCUGACCGCGACGGCGAGAUCAUCGAUCGUCUGUCCACAAUGGGCAAGACAGAACUCCCUGACACAGUUCACUCAUACCGCACGCAUCUCACCGCCGCCCCAGACGUCCCACCAGGCACAGACCCUAAGUUAGUCAACGAGAUCAUGACUCGCGAGCACGAAGAAGCAUCCAUAAGAUACCUUCGCCGCAAAGGCGAAAUGCUCUCCGGAAAGACAUGCGAAAUUUGCGGAACAGAAUUAUACAGUGAUCCCGGUGUACAUGAACUCGGUAUAUUCCUGCACGCAGUCGCAUACGCUGAUCUCGAGGGUGACUGGAAGUAUCGUUCUAAGAUGCCUUCCUGGGCUCUGCCUCCGCAGGGUUGUGAGGGGCCGCAGGAGGUCCCGGAUUGGGUGUUUGGGCCGGAGAGUGAGGAGGUUGUUUAUGGGCAUGGAGUUGUGCCUGAGAGUUUGGAUGAUGAGCCUAAGGGGCAGGGUGGAAAGGAUGGUGUAGUUAAAGGAAAACAGGGCGUGCCGAGUCUUAUAAGGGGAGUUGGGAUGGUUGAUGUUGAGAAGGAUGGGUUGCCGGAGACUUGA